AUGUAUUGGCUUCCAUCAGAUGAGACCGGGAAGAUAUCGCUCAAUGAAUUACAACUCGACAUCGUUGGUUUCCUUGCCAUCUUGGGUGAGGGUUCAGUGCUCGCCAACGCUCAGGUCUCGACUCUCUCCAAAUGGAUAUUCCUACCACGGUUGAUCCCGGCACCUCAAGCGUUGAUGAGGCCGACGAGGCCGACACAACUGGAGCCAUUCUCGGGAUGGGUGACUGGCAUCGUCAGCGGCAAUCACAGAGACAACAUUAAUCAUAUCGGAAAUAUUGUCUGUGAUGCCAACAAUCUCGCUCCUUUCUCGGUCCGCGUUGUAAAGAUAGAACGCAAAGACGAUCUACAACCACUCAAAGCCAAGACCUUCGGUCCCCUCACCGUCGUUAUCCUUAUCGGUUUCGCCCUCUCCGCCCUUCUUCUCGCAUUAUCGAUAUGGCAAGAUGAUGGUAUGUCCGUUGUAGCCACGGUACUCCUGUCGCUCCUCUCCAGCCUCAUCGGUCUUGGCAACAAAUGGGUGUUGCAACUUCCUAAACGCAAGCACAAGUCGGGAAUAGUUCCUCGUGGCGACGUUGUUAUACGGUAUCCCAAGGGUAGUUUCCUCAUCGUCCGCUGCGAGGAAGACGUUGCCCGUGAACUGUACUUCGCACCAGAGAGCAUCGACUACCUCCUUACGCAUGGCCCGGCAUACCGAAUCCUUAGUCUGGUGGGCACGAUGAUGCUCAUGGGCGGGGUCAUAUGCCUUGCCAACGCUCAAAUUCAGGUUCAGAUCGCAUGGGCAGGUUCCUACAUGCUACUGGGGGCCUCAUAUUGGAUAGUCGCUGCCUUGCCUAGCAAAAUGCAUUGGGAUACGUCUUGCUACAGGGUCGUAAACGAAUGCCUCUCCGACUCCAACAUGGACAAAAAAGGAUUUCCUUCCGAGAAUGAAACGUUCACACAAGCUCUUUGGAGGGCAGUCUGCGUCACCAAAGAAAUUGGGUGGGUGCGAAUGAGUGACGCAUGCCCAGAUACCGAAGCUUGGCAAGACUGGCUGAGGGAGGCAAGAGCAUGUAGUGAAGAUGUCAGGUUGGUUGAGGACAAGAAACUGUCGAGAGGUAACAGAAUGUGGGAGAUACCAGAUUGGGACGCACAAAAGUCUCUGGGAAUGCUCUUGGCCGAGCAGGCGAAAAAAGAGAAAAAACUGAUAACAGAGAGGGUAGAAUCGGUUUGA